AUGUGGCAGGGUCUACAGUCAAUCACGGAUUACAAAAAGAAAACCAGCCCCAUCGCGGACCAGGAUGUCUUGCUCUCAGACAGACUCAACAACUUCUUUGCUCGCUUUGAGGACUAUACAGUGCCACUGACACGGGCCGCUACCAAAAUCUACGGGCUCUCCUUCACUGCAGCUGACACCCUGGGUCUCGACCCCGCCCUGUGCAACUGGGUCCUGGACUUCCUGAGGACCCUCAUCCCCCCGCUGAUCCUCAACACUGGGGCCCCACAAGGGCCCACAGCUGUGCCCCAUUUAGCAACUGGCUGCCCCGGACCUGAUCUCACAGUGCCACCAUGCCACCUGGGGAGGGUGAAGGAUGAGAAGAAGAUCCAGGAGGUGGCUGACCUGACGGAUUACGAGCUGGUUCUGAGGAGCUCCGUUAAGGCCAAGAGCCGCAGCAAGAAGAACCACAGCAAGUUCACCCUGCUGCGCUCCAGAACCCCAGGCAACACGGUCCCAAACCUGGUGUUCCUGGCUGUUAGUCCAGAGGAGAAGGAGUCCUGGAUAAACGCCUUAAAUGGAGCAAUCACCAGAUCCAAGAACAGCAUCCUGGAUGAGAUGACAGUGACGGAUGAAAAUCUUCUGUCCCAUCUCACACGGGACAGGGCUAAUCCUCACACACGGCGCCUGCCUACACGAGGACACAUCAUGGCUGUGGCCUCCACUUCUACCUCUGACGGCAUGUUGACCCUUGACCUGAUCCAGGAGGAGGACAGCCCCAGCACAGACGGCCAGGACACCUGUGACAAGAGCUUCCGGGCCAACCUGGACAAAUCCACUCAGCUCGACUGCCUCAGGUCCAAACAGAGGGUGCCAUCAGUAGCAUCUGUUAACGCCCCCACAGAGGUCACUGGGAAGUCCCAAAGCCUGCCGCUUACCGGGGUCACCUGGGACGGACAACAGCAACUUCAGAGCCCGAUGGGGAAGUCCUGCACUCCUCAGCCAGGCAAGAGGCUCACACCGGCCGAGAAAAGCCGCUGCGCCUCCAUGGACGAGAUCCUCUCACACUCCGGGACGCAGGCCACCAAACCCAGGACAUCCAUCCCGCUCUGCCACCUCUGCCCCCCGGGCAACCUGCCACCCAUCAGCCAGCUGCAGGACCUAAUCGCUCAAAAGCUGGAGAGAACUCAGGAGCUGCUGAUGCAGGCAGGGGCGAAGGGGGAGGAGGUGGAGCAGGGGAAGGGGAAAGGGAAGGACUCCCCAGGUUCCAAGGGCUCCAAGGGUUUCUCGGACGGGCCCGGGCGAAUGGAGGCAGAGAGGCUGCUGAAGGAGGCAGCAUCCACAUAGGUCAAGCCAAGGAUGUUCUAGAGGAGGGUGAAGGAGCUGAGGGCCCACCGUCAGCUGGACUCGCUGCCCACCACCCCUGCCCCUCACCCCCUCACACCCUCCAACAGUGGCAAGCAGACUGACUACAGGAAGAGCAUGAUGUGA